AUGGCGAACGAGUUGGAAAUUGAGAAACAAAAGACAGACGAACUUUUAUGUGAAUUGAUGCCAGCGUCUAUUGCUGAUGCCUUGCGACAAGGAAAAAUGAUAGAAGCAAGUGACUUCUCCGAUUGUACUCUGCUUUUCACUGAUAUAGUUACAUUCACGAAUAUCUGCGCUAAGUGUACUCCAUAUGACGUGGUCACAUUACUUAACGAUCUCUACCUACGAUUUGAUCGUCUGAUUGAAUUGGUUUGUAUUUUAUUUAGGUGUGAAGAAACCCCCUGUACCAGGUACUGGGACGUAUUGCUUUUUCAGCAUAACUUCAAAACAGUAAGUGUGCAUUCAUUAUCCAGGAGUCCAUCCGACAUAUCGGUCUAA